AGUGCAUGUCACCAUAGAAAUUAUUAUCUGCUGCAUGCUACAGCUGCCUUGCUAGAAUCUUUGAAAUUUGGCUCAUGACUGACUUCGAUUCUGUUUUAUAAGCAAUGGAGGUGAAAUCGCAUACACUCUCGCAUCGAACUGAAGUGUUUAGGUCCAAGCUCAUAGAAGAUUUCCAAAUCCUUGAGAGCCUCAGCGAGCAGGGAAGCAAGAAAGUCCCUAUAUACACCUCUGCUGACAUAACUAAGACUGGUGUCUUGGACAAAGUACUGCUUGAGAACCCCGAGCAGAUGAUCAAAUUGAAGAUAUACCAGCGUGAUAAGAUCAAAGAGAUAGACAGCAAUGUUGACCGCAGACUCAUCCGGGUCAAGAAUCAAAAUAAUAUACCUUUGGGCGUCUGGGCGUCUUGGGUUGUGGAGAGCAGAGUGUUUCAAAACAUGCUGUUGAUUCUCAUCAUCGUAAACGGCAUCUCCAUAGGCGUUGAAGGAGAGCUGCCAGUGACGAAUGAUUUUGGGAUUGGCAUUCUAAAGACGCUCUUGGACUUCAUUGAUUCAUUCUCAGUGAUUGUUUUCAUCACAGAAAUUGUCCUCAAGUGGAUUGAUAACUUCAGAAGAUUCUGGAAGAACCCAUGGAACAUCUUUGAUUUUGUUGUGACAGUUGUUAGUGCAGUUCCUCUAAUUAUAAUGUUGCUAACUAAUGCCAGAACCUCUCAAUUUACCGUCAUUACAAAGCAGUUGGCCGUCUUCAGAAUUAUUAGGGCUCUGAAAAUGAUUGCUCAGUUUGGUAGCCUCAGGAUAAUUGUACUGACAGUGUUGCAAGCGUUUAAGUCAUUGCUGUUUAUUGGGAUUCUUCUCUUCGUGGUAACCUACAUCUUUGCUAGCGCUGGAGUCAUCUUAUUCGAAGCCUACACGAUGUCACAGAGAGCAGACCUACAAUAUUCUCGCAGCUUCAGUUCCUUGGUGGAUGCCACCAUAACGCUGUUUCAAAUUUUUACUCUGGACCAGUGGUAUGUGAUCUACAAUGAUCUCAUCAAGGUCAUCCACCCAGUAUUUGCCUGCACUUACAUCCUUCUGUGGGUCUGGAUAGGAGCAUUCUUGUUUAGAAACCUCUUUGUUGGAAUAAUGGUGAAUAAUUUCCAGACCAUAACUGAAGAGUUAGCUCGUAAGCAAGAGAAUAUGGACCAGAAUGAUGAGCUUGCGAAGUUGAGAGAAGAUCUCCAUAAUGAAUUGACUAUGCAUGAGGCCAAAAUGACCAACGCCAGAAAGUCAAUAUUUGUUCCGGCAUCUUCUGGUCAUUCAGCUUCUGGUCAUUCAGCUGGCUGCAGUACAAUUGGAAGUGGGGGAGGAGCUGAGUUGAGACAGCAGAUCAGCCAAAUGAUGCAAGCGGAAAAAAGGAUUUCUUCUGGAUGGGAUAAAAUUGUGCAAUCACAUCUUAUGGGUCUGUCUAGCAGCCCAGGUGAAACCUUGUGGCCCCGAGACACAUUGUUCAAGUACUACCAAGUAUUGGAGCUUCUAGUGGAGAAUCUGGACGAGUAUGAAAAGCUUCAAAAGCUUGCAAAUGAUUGCCUGAUUAAUCUUCAUGACAGUGAUCCCUGAAUAAAACUGGUGCUCCAACUAACUUAACUACUUCAGUAUUAGAUUAGUUGUAUAAUUAUUCUAUUAUGCCGUAUAACAUAUUUAAUUCUUCAUGCACUGUAAUACAACAUUCCUCCC